GACUCCUCCCAGACAUCAGUACGGAGAAGAAGUCCAGUCAGGAGGAAGAUCUCACAAGCAUCCAUGCUGACACUCUGACGUCCAAUUCACAUAGAACCCCCCCAAAAAAAAAUUUAAAAAAUGAGGGUUUUUAUUUUGACGGCCUCCUGGCUGCUGACGCUCGCCUCGGCGGAGGCCAUCCACGGACUGUACAACUUCGGCCAGCACGACUUCUUCCCCAGGAAGAACAACUGCAAAGCCAUCCCGGCCAACCUGCUGCUGUGCCGCGACAUCGAGUACGCCGACAUGCGGCUGCCCAACCUGCUGGGGCACGAAACCAUGAGCGAGGUUCUGCAGCAGGCGUCCUCCUGGAUCCCGCUGGUGCAGAAGCAGUGCCACCCGGACACCAGAAAGUUCCUGUGCUCGCUCUUCGCCCCGGUGUGCCUGGACGACCUGGACGAGCCCAUCCAGCCGUGCAGGUCCCUCUGCGAGAGCGUCAAGCGCGGCUGCGCGCCCGUCAUGUCCGCCUUCGGGUUCCCGUGGCCCAAAAUGCUGGACUGUGAUCGGUUCCCGCUGGACAACGACCUGUGCAUCCCCCCCGCCGCGCUCGACAACAUGGUGCCCGUCACCAAAGAAGUGCCCAGAGUGUGUGAUGCCUGCAAGGAAAGUGAUGACAAUGACAACGAAAUUGUGGACAACUUGUGUAAAAAUGAUUUUGCCCUGAAGAUCAAAGUGAAGGAGAUCUCGUACAUCAACGGCGACACCAAGAUCGUGCCCGAGAACAAGAGCAAGACCAUCUACAAGCUGAACGGCGUGAGCGAGCGCGAGCUGAGGAAGACGGUGUUGUGGCUGAAGGACGGCCUGCAGUGCGUCUGCGAGGAGAUGAACGACAUCAACGCCGCCUACCUGGUCAUGGGCCAGAAGAUGGACGGCCACCUGGUCAUCACCUCGCUCAAGCGCUGGCAGAAGGGCCAGCGCGAGUUCAAGAGGAUUACGCGCAGUAUUCGCAAGUUGCAGUGCUAAAAAAAAAACACAAAAAAAACCCCACUUUUAGCCGAGUGGUAGAUUUCAAUUUCCAGCACUGAUCUUUGUUUCUAUCUAGUUAAGCAAAAUCUGACUUUGAUUUGUCAAAAUUUGAAAUUGUCAAGUUUUCUCCAUUUUGAAUAGUGUACAGCACCGUUAAUUAAAGUACCAGUACAGUGGGAAAACAAGUUGCCUCUAUAUUGAAGCUCUUAUCAUAUAAAACUGAUUUAUGACACCAAAAAAACCUGUAAAGUUUACGAAUAAAUAGAUAUGAUUAAAAUAGUUAACGAGGAAGCCAGUAGAGACGUAAAGUUCGCAACCAUAGUUCCCUUCCCCAUCAACAACGAUGCAAAUCAAGCAGACUUUGUGAGAUCCAGCAAUUACUUGGAAAAAAUAUGAUCCAGAACCUUAUAUUUUUGAGCCUGAACACAAAGAGGAUGAGCAAUAAGUUUUAGGAGCCAAGUGCCAAACGGAUGCAGCUUAAUUGAAACGCCAUCGCAUCCGCAGCAUUGCUAGGUACGAAACAUUCCAGCUAACCAGAAUAAAACAAACACUUACCGUACAAUUUCCACUCUGGCUGGGAUGCCGGCCAACAGCGUUCUCACAUAAUACCGUUUAGAUGAAAAAUCAAUUAAAAUCCUCACAAAGGGUUAAAAGAAAGUUGCCACAACUAGUGUCUUUAUUUCCAUCUCGGGGGAUGUCAAAGUCGACUAACCUUUCAGUCCAUAGCCACAUUUGUCCACAACCAGGUGAGAGAUGCAUGAAUUAUUAUCCGGAAUUUAUUUUUGGUACGUUUAAGACCAAGCAGAGGCAGCCGCCAUGAAUUGAUUUAUGUGGACCCCGACUUAAACAAGUUGAAAAACUUAUUCGGGUGUUAGCAUUUAAUGGUCAAUUGUACAGAAUAUGUACUGAACUGUGCAAUCUACUGGUACUAAUAAAAGUUUCAAUCAAUCAAUCAAUCAAUCAAUCAAUCGAACAGCCGGCUUAGUGUGUCAACAAUAGCAGGGUAAGCUAGCAUUACCUCACUGUUAUCAAUGCGGCGCCAAGAUAGUCUGUCUGCGUUAGCACUUAUAAUAACAAUAUCACUCAUAUUUGGUUAAUUUUGAGGUCACAACAUGUUUUUGUCAGUUUGUGGAUGUUUUUAGAGUGAGUAUAUUAGGCGCAAUAGAGGACCUUCGAUCUGUUGACUCAAUUGCUAGCUAUUUAUUUACGCAUGUGUUCAUGUCUUACAUAAGGAUUGUGAGUGAUAAACAGCACAUCUCUUUCCAAAAGUUGCGUAUUUCCAGUUUGACUGAUCUGUUAAUAUGUUUAAGCGUUCAUCCAGUGACGUCUACGGAAAUAGCCGAAAAUACUCGGAGCAGAAUAUUCAAAAUGGCCAAUUGAAUUUGUGGCAUUUUGUGAUGUAUAGAUGGUAUUUUCACAUACUUUGCGGAUUGUAAGUACCAUUCGAUUUUGGUUUAAUGCAGACAGUGAAACACAAUUAAGCUUAUAAAGUCAACUUGUUUUUCCACUCUACUGCUACUUUAAAGCUAAAAGUCACUGUUUUAUGUUAAAAGUUAUAAAAACAAAAAUGUGCAGCAGACGUUUUCACUAAACGUUUACAGCUUUACAGAGGUACAUUUUCUUUGAAUAUUCUAACAUAGUCAAUAUUAUUUUGUUCUUUGGCUUGUUAUCACAAAAAAGCUAAGAAAAUUUAGAGUUGUGUUUUGAUUUUGGUCCUACAUUCUUCAGCGUAUAUUUCUUUACAUUUUUAAGGUGAAACGUGCGAGUUGUUUGAGGUGUUUUUUUUUUUUUUUCAACCUUAUAGUUUCUUGGAAAUGUUAGAAGAAGAUUUAUGAGUUUCAGGAAAGAGAUUGAUGGAAUGAACUUUAACUAGGUCAUUACAAUGACUGAGUGUUAUUGAAGUAUGAAAAAAAAAUUGUAGUAAACGUUCAUGUGCAGUAUCUAAAACGUUAUUCAACAAACCUCCAUACUUAAAUUUGAAUUAGGCUAAUGCAAGAGAGAAUGGAUUUUACAACACAGCAGCAACAGAACCAAUUUUGUAAAAGCAGUAUGGCGCAAACUGGUCAGUCAACAAAACAGUACUGAGUAGUACGGAGUCGGCAACCCGCGGCUCCUUAAUCACUCUGAUGUGGCUCAGCUGCAUAAUUCCCGACCCACUCAAUUAUUCUGGGAAGUUUCCGAAAUGUAAUGCCUCUCCUAGAAGUCACCCGGGGUAAAUAUUCUGCAUGUUGUCGCGCCCGCUUUUACGCCAUUCUAUCUGCGUGCUGGCGGGUCACAUGUAAUAGGCAAUCUCUGUUGAUACACGAAAGUGACUGCAAGGCAUACUUUCUCAACAGCCAUAUAGGUCACACUGAGGGUUGUGAUAUUGACAACUUUAACACUGUUACUAAUAUGUGCCACACUGU